AUGGCUCAGUCGCCCUCGACCGCUGGUUCAACAGAUCCACCAGUAUCACCCCCUCCUUACGUCAAUGGAGUCUCGCAAACGCCGUCUGUAGCCCCUUCUAUAGCUCAUUCUGUAGCUCCUAACGGUUGUGACUCUGGAAAUCAAAGCGAGGUGGCUGAAUCAACAGUUAGAACCACCGAGCUGAGCAAUGAAGAGGAUGUCUCUCGCUGCUCUAGCCGUGUGGAUGGCUAUAAAGCCGUGUCUGAGGAGAGAACAAAUGGAAUCGAAAAUAUAGACAUGGAGACGGAAAAGAUGCCUGGGAUUCCUGAGAUCUUGGAGAUGUUGGCCGCCAUGGAACAGAAAUUUCAACAGAUGGAAACUAGGGUGGACCAGCUAGUACCAUUGUCCAUUGAUCCACCGACACCGUCGCAAUCUCUUCCAUUUGACUCUAGCCCCAAGUCCUCUGAUCGCAGUAUCAAUGGUGAAGUGUCUGUUGAGGACACCAUCACUGCUUUCCGAGCCCGCGCGAGCUUGAUGGCUCGUGGUAAAGUCCUGCAUAUGGCAAAGAAAUUUCCGGACUGGAAAGAACGCGUUUUCGAACAGGCUGAAGCGGUGACCUGCCUAUCAAUUCUAGAAGACAGAGAGGAAACCUGCCCGCCAGACUCGCCUACUCACCCAAAGCUGUGGAAAGUCCAAAAUGAUUGGCUAUAUGACUAUAUGUUUGAGUCUAUUGGCCCACAGUUCAAAGAGGAAAUCAUCGAGCCGCCAAACCGUUCAGCCUAUCUUCUCUGGAGGCAGAUAGAAUCAUAUUGCAGCUUAGUGAACGAAGAUGACCGCCGAUAUCUCAUUCAGAAGCUCAUGACCAUCAACGCCAAGAAUGACAUUGAGUAUAUCUCAACGUUCCACAGGUACUACUCCAGAAUAAGGAAAUUGGGUUUUACUAUACCAGAUUGGUUGGCCCAGGAUCUGCUUUGUCUACGAGUCUCUGAGAGGGCGAGGGGGAUGAUUCAAAGCGAGAUUGAUGCUGCCCGCAAUUCAACGGAUGGGCCGUUAACACUGGAGACCGAUAAGAUGGUAGCCCGGGUCCUCAACCCAGCCUUAUCCCGGGACAUGAGUGAAGAACAACCGCAGCCGGAGGUGACUCCAUCCAUAAAUUCUUCGACUGCCAAUGGACCUUAUUCCACAGGCUCGAAACCUGACAGUGUCCAUGCCUUGAACCAUCACACUGACACCGUUGAUGAAAACGGCAAGACCUGUUGUGGAUAUUGUUCAAUGCUCCAUCAUACAGAGGAUGGAUGUUUUUACAAGUACCCCGAGAGAACCAGCGUUGCAUGGCAGAAAGCGCACAAGAGUGGCAUUGAGUUCUUUAGGAAGAAAGCCGAAGGCCGCGAGAAGCAGCAUCAGAAAAAGCAGCAUCCGAUAGCCCAGCUUGCUAAAAAGGUACACAUUGCAUCAAAACUUCAGCCAGACAGCCAGCCUGAAUUGAGAUCGAAAUAUGAAUCCAAACCUGAACCCAAGCCUGAGCCAAAAACCGAAUCAAAGACUGAAUCCAGGCAAGAAGUUCAACCUGAGGUGCACAUUUCACCACAGGCCAAGAGCCAAGCAUCACACAAGGAAAAAUUCUCAUGCAAUUAUUGUGGUCAGAAAGGCCACUCACCUAGCGGGUGCCUCUUCCAAUUCCCCGAACUGGCGCCAGCCGAUUGGCGCCUGAAAAAUAAGCACCUCAUCGAGUUCCAUGCCCGAAAAGAUAAACUGCGAAAAAGGAAACUAGAGCGCCUCAAAUCCAAGCAGCCAUUAGAGGAGAAUAGACCGGAAACCGCUGUACCUGUUCCUGGGACUUCUCGCCCUGGAUCUCCCGAAAACCUCUUGAUCCUGGAUCUGUGA